GAGGCCCAAUAUAUAAUUUUAAAUCAACCUGAACUUUUCAGGUUCGUUAUUGCCUGGACUAGGGAGACUCUGAAUAGUAGCGUAAUCGAUCGAGAGGAGAGAUGGAGGUGCCAGGGUCGUCGAAGAAGAUGAUAGCUACGCAAGCAGAGAUGGUUGAGGCGAAGGUGCCACUUGGAUACAGGGACCAAUGCGCCCACCUGCUGAUCCCUCUCAACAAGUGCCGCCAGGCCGAGAUGUACCUGCCAUGGAAGUGCGAGAACGAGCGCCACUCCUACGAGAAGUGCGAAUACGAGCUUGUUAUGGAGCGGAUGCUCCAGAUGCAGAAGAUCCGCCAGCAGGAGGCAGCCCACAUCAAACACAGUGGCGGCCAGCAGUCCAUUCCCCUAGCCCCCAAGACUGCCAAUGCCUAGUGUCCGAUCGUUCGAUCAAUCAAUCAAUGG